CCCCCUUAAUUGGCAGCAAGGGGCCAUCCUUUUUUGUUGACCAGAGAGGAAGGGAAGUCAGACGGCUGCUGUAGACAGAGGGAUACCGACAGUUUUAUCUCUGCCUUCCGACUCACUUCGUGUGGACCUUUCAUGGGAGAAGAAAAAGCAGCAGCGAUGGCCGAAGCAGUACAGAUCAAGAAAACUGCAGCCAAGGUGCUUUGCUGUGUGGAGAAGGUGUCCUCUUUCGCCUCCUCCAUCGACCCCAUCUUUGGCAUCGUAUCCUCCCUGGUUGGGGUGGCUCGCAAGGGCCUGGUAGACGAGGAGGCCCACGCUCUGGACAAGGACUUCCAGGCAAUCCAUUCAAAGCUGGAGAGCAUCUCACAAAAGAACCAACUAUGCCUGAGGCAGAUCCGCAUCGACGAGGUGAACGAAACCUACGGCAAGUACGAGGAGUACAUCAAGCACCAGUACACGGCGUUCAACAGCAUGGUGGCGCAGCUGAAGAAAGACCCGGACAACACCCAGCGCUACAUGGAGACCUUUGAGAAGAUAUACGAGAGAGACAAGAGCGACAUGAGCCUGGACGUGUACUACCGCGGUGUGAUGGGUACAAACUCGCUGUUUGGGAGACCCCUGCUGAAGGUGUACCUGGAAAACUGCGACCGCGACCGUGAGAUCAUGGAGCAUCGCUGUUCACACAUCACCCACCUGUUCCACAUGGGCCUCAUCGCGCUCAUGGGCUACACAGCCGUUACAGAGGACGAUGAAGAUGAGGUGCGGGAGAAGUGGGCGAAGAGGGUGGAGGACAUCCAGGAGAAGAUGCAGGAGGUGCUCAGUCAGUGCAAAGACAAGACGGCCUGA